AUGCCGUCAGUCAUUUCCAUCCUCAGUAGUGUCAACUAUCUGCUCUCCAUAGCUCUUAUUUUUGUUCCCAGCGUCAGAUCAAACCCUAGUUUUCAAAGCGUCACAAAUACGAAUAUCUAUACAGAUAGUUUCUCUCCAGCUCUCCACGAAGUCUCGAGCAUAAGCACACCCCUCGCCGGCUUCACAGAGAUUAAAUGUGAAAGCUGCACAGUACGACGCGGGAUGGUUGCUGCAAAUUGCGCCAUGGUCGUUAAGCCAGAAACGAUCGUACAUGUGUCGAUGUGGAAGUCUCGAGGUUCGUUGAUUUGCCCCAGGCGUGCUUCUCCUCUGAACUCCCGGCACACAAAAUCGAAACCAUCGUUCGUUGAAAAGCAAAAUAACCAUUCGAAGCCCACUCAGCGUCGCACUCCUGAGCUAUCGACUGAUAAACUCAAGCUGCCUCCAGACAUCAAUCUACAAUCUCCAGAUAGAGAAGCUCGUGUCGAAAGUAUACUUGCACUCGGUGUUGCUAUGGGGUUUCUACUGUGCCUAGCAUAA